GGCGGGGGCUCUCGGGCGCUUGGGGGUCCCGGUCCCCGGCGGCUGCCGAGCGGACGCGGGCGGAGGAGCCGCAGAGAUGUCCGGCCAGAGCCUGACGGACCGGAUCACCGCCGCCCAGCACAGUGUCACCGGCUCCGCGGUGUCCAAGACAGUAUGCAAGGCCACGACCCACGAGAUCAUGGGGCCCAAGAAGAAGCACCUGGACUACUUAAUUCAGUGCACAAAUGAGAUGAAUGUGAACAUCCCACAAUUGGCAGACAGUUUAUUUGAAAGAACUACUAACAGUAGUUGGGUGGUGGUCUUCAAAUCUCUCAUUACAACUCAUCAUUUGAUGGUAUAUGGGAAUGAGCGUUUUAUUCAGUAUUUGGCUUCAAGAAACACAUUGUUUAACCUAAGCAAUUUUUUGGAUAAAAGUGGACUGCAAGAUUCCAAAAUUUUAGUGCAGAAGGUAAAUUUAUUUUUUUGCUGCAUCCUCAAUAUAGUCAUGGCUGAUGGAGUUAUGAGAACAAUGAACACAGAAAAACUCUUAAAAACUGUACCAAUUAUCCAGAAUCAAAUGGAUGCACUUCUUGAUUUUAAUGUUAAUAGCAAUGAACUUACAAAUGGGGUAAUAAAUGCUGCCUUCAUGCUUCUAUUCAAAGAUGCCAUUAGACUAUUUGCAGCAUACAAUGAAGGAAUUAUUAAUUUGUUGGAAAAAUAUUUUGAUAUGAAAAAGAACCAGUGCAAAGAAGGUCUAGAUAUCUAUAAAAAAUUCUUGACUAGGAUGACAAGAAUCUCAGAGUUCCUCAAAGUUGCAGAGCAAGUUGGGAUUGACAGAGGUGAUAUACCAGAUCUUUCACAGGCCCCCAGCAGUCUUCUUGAUGCUUUGGAACAACAUUUAGCUUCCUUGGAAGGAAAGAAAAUCAAAGAUUCUACAGCUGCAAGCAGAGCCACAACACUUUCCAAUGCAGUUUCCUCCUUGGCAAGCACUGGCCUAUCUCUGACCAAAGUGGAUGAAAGGGAAAAGCAAGCAGCAUUAGAAGAAGAACAGGCUCGUUUAAAAGCUUUAAAGGAACAGCGCCUAAAAGAACUUGCAAAGAAACCACAUACCUCUUUAACAACUGCAGCCUCUCCUGUGUCCACCUCAACAGGGGGGUUAAUGACUGCACCAGCCAUCGACAUAUUUUCUACCCCUAGUUCUUCUAACAGCACAUCAAAGCUGCCAAAUGACCUGCUUGAUUUGCAACAGCCAACUUUCCAUCCAUCUGUACAUUCUAUGUCAACUGCUUCUCAGGUAGCAAGUACAUGGGGAGAUCCUUUCUCUGCUACUAUAGAUGCUGUUGAUGAUGCCAUUCCAAGCUUAAAUCCUUUCCUCACAAAAAGUAGUGGUGAUGUUCACCUUCCCAUUUCUUCAGAUGUAUCCACUUUUACUACUAGGACACCUACUCAUGAAAUGUUUGUUGGAUUCACUCCUUCUCCAGUUGCACAGCCACAUCCUUCAACUGGCCUUAAUGUUGACUUUGAAUCUGUGUUUGGAAAUAAGUCUACAAACAUUAUUGUGGAUUCUGGCGGCUUUGAUGAACUAGGUGGACUUCUCAAACCAACAGUGGCCUCUCAGAAUCAGAGUCUUCCUGUUGCCAAACUUCCACCUAACAAAUUAGUGUCUGAUGACUUGGAUUCGUCUUUAGCCAACCUUGUGGGAAAUCUUGGCAUUGGAAAUGGAACCACUACUAAGAAUGAUGUAAAUUGGAGCCAGCCAGGUGAAAAGAAGUUAACUGGAGGGUCUAACUGGCAACCAAAGGUUGCUCCAACAACUGCUUGGAAUGCUGCAACAAUGAAUGGCAUGCAUUUUCCACAAUACGCACCCCCAGUAAUGGCCUAUCCUGCUACUACACCAACAGGCAUGAUAGGAUAUGGAAUCCCUCCUCAAAUGGGAAAUGUACCUGUAAUGACACAGCCAACCUUAAUAUACAGCCAGCCUGUCAUGAGACCACCAAACCCCUUUGGCCCUGUAUCAGGAGCACAGAUACAAUUUAUGUAACUAGAUGGAAGAGAAUGGAGUUAUUCCAAAAAGACAAGUGCUCAAGUGGCGAAUCCUUACUUCCAGCAAAAUUUAAACUGCUGUCUCUUAAAUUCUUCUUCCAUUAGAAUGCUACAGUACCCAGUGAAGGCCCAUGAAGGAAAUUGGGACUAGUUUAUAGGAGAAAGUUAUCAAUACAAUUUAUAAAGCCAAGAAUUGCCAUGAUUUAAGACUAAGAUCUGUCUUUUUGGUGACUAACCUUUCAGUUCUUUCAACUCCUAUUAAUACCCAUAACCAGUAACCUACCAAGAAAAGCCCUUAUUUGGAAAGUGUGAAAUUUGUAUUUGGAAAUGCUGCCUGGAGAGAAGAGCUGUGUCCUUUACUGUAUUUAACAGGACUUGCUGGGGGAUCAAAAUCAUAAUUCUUAAUUAUGCAUUAUCUUUGUUUUCUCAAGUCCUCACAGACACCGAAACCAUAACUGAAAUUAACAUUUCCUUUAAAAAUUUUAUAUUCAGUUUGCAGUAGACAUUCCUUAAGUAUUUGUAUUUAUUUAUGAUUAUCAGUUUUACGUAACAUUAAUAUUGUAUCAAACCUCCUUAUGAAAAUGAGUAUGGAUGUACACAGUAUGUUUGAUUUUUAUCCACAAGAAUGAAUCUGAUUCAGAAUGCUUUUUAGCUGACAUACAGAGCACUAAAUAUUUUAAGGCAAAUCCAUAGAUCUGGAUAUCCUAAGAAUUCUCAGUCUCUAUGGGAUUUAGGGAAGCAUUAUAAAUGCAUUAAUCCUUAUAGUCAAUUCUGUGCCUGGGAUUUUGCAAGGGAACAGUUCACUGACUAGGAAAAGCACUACAUAUAAAAUUCAGCAUUAGUGCAUUGGGAAGGAUCUUUACUGCUUUGUGCUUGGCAUGUCAUUAUUUUCCAUUUGACAUUAGGGCCUUUCCAAAAUGAAUGUGAGGAAUUGCUUUCACUUCAAGACUUUCCUUCUUUUCAGUAAAACUCUAGGAGAUGUUAUUGGGGAGGGGAGGGAAACAAAAUUCUUGAACUUUUUAUUUGGCUUGUGCCAUGUUAUGAUCAUGUACCUUUUAAAUAAGGGGAAAUAGUAUCUUUAAAGUUAAUGUCUAGCCAAGAGUUUAGUUAUUGAAGAAUUAAACUGCACUGUUGAUCGGUGCUUUGUGUAAAUACAUCAUACGUUUGGGUUGAGAGGGGCCUUAAGGAGGACAGUUCAUUGUAGGAAAGCAAUUCUGUACAUGAGUUUAAGCAUACUUGUUGCAUUGUCUCUGCAGAUUAUAUUUUUGUUUACAAUAUUAAAAUGUAUGUUAGCAAAAUGGGUGGAUUUUCAAAUAAAAUGCAGCUUCCACAAAACUUUUGUUAUGGUAUUCUAGUCUGAGGUGCAUUUUGUUUUUUCUUUUUCUUUUUUAAUCAUUUUUUCUAAUAAAAUUAUACCCAGGUGAUUAUAUUUGCUGAUUUAAUAAAAUGUAAAAUUUGCUUUA